AUGGACAAGUUGAACACCGUCUUGAACAUUGCCAACAAGAAUAGCAACCUCGGCUUCGGCCUGGUCACGCUGCUCACCGUUGGAGGGGAGCAGAUCUUCUCAAAUGUGAUCUUCAAAUGCCCUUGCAACCAGCUCAAUUUCCUCUACGGCGUGGUGUUCCUGCUGGUGCCCGCUCUGGCUCUCCUCACUCUGGGCUUCAUUUGGUCCAAGAAGACGUGGAAGUUGGUGACGGGGGUGUGCCAGCGAAAGAACGUAUGCGGGAGCUGCGGGAGGCUUAAAGCUCUCAUGUACGCUUUAUUUUACAUCUCCACGUUCGCCUUCCUGGCUCCAAGCACGUGGAUUGCGGUGGCGCUGCUAAACGGGGUUUUCACCGAGUGUGCCAUGACUGGAACCAACAUGACUUUGUUUAAUGAUCAUUUGUGUAAGGGGGAAGCGAAAAAGGAUUGUAUAGAAGAGCUGCCUACGUUCCCAUGUGGAAAAGAUGGAAAAGUCCCUAGAGAUGUGAGGGAUGAGGUGCUUCAGACGCUGAGGGCGGAGUCACAGAUCAUUGGAUGGCUGCUGAUCUCCACUUUGAUCCUGUCGCACCUCUUCUUCAUGUGCUUGGCGCGCUGCACCUCUCCGGUCAGUUACCUGCAGCUGAAGUUCUGGAGGCUCUAUGUCCAGGAGGAGAGCUCUGCGUUGGACUCCUGCUCCGCGGAACAUGCCAAAAAACUGGCCCUUAGCAACGUCCAGAGUUUCUUCACCAACACGGCACCAGAGGCCAGCCACACGCCGUCCAAUCAACAUUGGCAGCAGGUGUCAGAGCUGUACAAGUUCCGCGACAGGUCUGGGAGGCAGUACUACAGCACGCUGCACAGUUUUGUGGAGGAGCAGUCGAAGGAGAGCAGCCCUUUGAUGAAGAGCAUGUCGGUGUGCUCCACAGGCUCCGGGCACAUCCCCCCUGCAGCACUGAACUUUGUGGACGACGCACAUGCUGCAGUCUGA